GUAUAAAGUAUAAACUAACCAGUCUUCAAGCAAGGUUAAAGUAAAACGAUUUUAAUUUUUUCGUUUUCAGUCUCUUGUUUUCUACACAAUGAUAAUAAAUGAUAGAUUAUCAUCAUUGUUGUAUAGGCGGUAGCGUUUCAGUAGUGUGGUCUAAACUAAAAAUCUGAACGGUCUAAUCAUAAUGACUUCAACUUUUAAUCGUCGCAAAUCUGAUUAUUAUUUUCCACAUACCGUUAACUAUACUUAUUUAUUUUAUUCCCGUGCAGUUUCUUUCCACUAGUAAAUUCAGAUUGAAUUAUUCAGUUAUGUCGAAUUUGGAACGUUUAUGCCACGAAUCCUCAGAUCUUCUUCGACAAAUCGAAACUCGAUUAGGACAGUAUGAUCAGGCCGGAGAUGACUUCGCAGCCAACGUGGAAGCAGAAAUUCAGGAACUUAUUCGACAGAUUACGGCAAACUUCGAAAGGUUGGAUAUUUUACUGGACAAAGAGCCCACUUCUCGACGCCAGCACUUUAAACUUCGUGUUGACCAGAUCAAAUAUGACUUCCAGCACAUUCAGUCUGCUUUCCGAUCCCUGCAGAGACGAAGAGUUGACAAGAUAAAAGAAGCUCGCCAGCGAGAAGAAUUGUUGGCGACAGAUUUCAGUAGGACCGGAAAUGGACACACGAGUAUUCACAUCGAUGCUGAUUUAAGGCAUCAUACUUCGUUAAGGAAUGUAAACAGAAACAUGGAGGAUAUGAUCUCUCACGGCCAGCAAAUUUUGGGAAAUCUUCGAGAGCAGCGCAUAAACCUUAAAAGCAUUAAAAGUCGCGUUUUAGAUAUUGGCACUAAGCUGGGAUUGUCGACAACAGUGAUGAAAAUGAUUGAGCGGAGGGGGACGCAGGAUAAAUAUAUUUUUUAUGGAGGAGCGAUUUUUACACUGUGUUUUAUGUUUGCGAUGUAUUGGUUUUUGGUGUGAACUUUAAACUGAUUGUGAGCUGAUGAGAGGUCUAUUCUGAUUGCUUCAAAUGAAAUGACGGAGCUCGCAUGAUAGCAAAGUUUUCUGGUAUGCCGAAGUGAAUUAAAUUGACGAAA